UACUGAGUAGAACGGAAGCACCUAGUACACCACCGGGCGGUCCACCUUCCUAUUCACGCGGACCACCAACGGGAGGAGAUUGCUUACCGGUGCCGUCGGUCGGCUCGCCAGGUUCUCCAGCACCAUCGCCUCUCCUGACUCCACACUCCGAGCCGGCGUCGGUCCCGCCCGCGGAGCCCACAAUGCCGACUCUCAGCCCGCAACCUCCACCAAGUCACACGAACACUGCCCCACCCCUAACCCCGUCGCAAGGGCCCAAGUCCAUCUCUUCCGCGUGCAACAAUCAGGUGCACAGUCCGUCGGUUCCCGGACCGGUACUGAAACGACCAAUUUUGAUAUCCCGAGAGUACGAGGGUACUCUCUUAGAUGACGAGCAACCGCUGUCCUGGCUCUACGAUUACUCGCUCCAGGAGGCCUGGCUGAAUCAUCCUGUGAAGCGUUUCAAGUCCAUGAACAUCAGCGGUCCGCCGACCAACCGGAGCAACGUUCUGUACCCGCCAAUGAAUAAUUCUCAAACGCUCCAAACUCAAGCUCCUAAGCUGGAAAUUAAACAAGAGCCUGUCGCAGUUGGGGAAUGUAUCGGAAGAAGAACAGAUCCGUACGAGUUCGAUGCGACAGGCGAGGAAAAUGGCACGAAUGUCGAUGGUCUCAGGCGACAAAGGGACGAUCCAACUAAACCAGGAUCUCUCUUCACCAGCGAGGGUCUCCAGCCAUCCUACAAAGAUCUAGAUCAAAUAUUCGACAACUCCGAUCCUGAUACUUCCAGCGACGAAACG